AUGGAUAAUAAUAUUAUUAGAAUAGUGCCAGUACUAGAAACAAUUAAUGGAAAUUUAUAUAUUACAAGUGCUAAAGAUAAGAAUAUAACAUUAAAAACAUUAGGAAAUGGAAAUCUGAACAUUAAUGAAAUCAAUUUAUUACACAUUAUAAUGACUGCACAAAAUGCUUCGCGAUUAGUCGAAAGAUGGAAAUUAGGUAUAUUAAAUGAUAUUGAAUCAACUAUUCAACGUUUAACUCGCAUAAUCGAAGGACCAAAUGGAUUAAUAAGAAAAAUGAAUUCAUUUGAAUAUUCUAGUUACCCAACUGUAAAUAACUCCAAAUCCAGUACAUCUUCAUCAAUAAUUGAGAAUAAGGCCAACAUCUUUACAACAUUUCAAGUUAGAUCAAUUAAUAAUAGGCUUCGAAGAUUAGAAAAGAAAUUUCGAACAAUCACAGUAAAAUUACGUACGAAUGAAUGCUUAAGUGAUCCUUGUCAAAAUGGUGCAACUUGCAUCGAUCAUUAUGAUACAUUUCAGUGCCAAUGUACACCAGAAUGGGAGGGUACAUUAUGUACAAAAGAUGUUAAUGAAUGUGAACGAUUAUUAGACAAACCAUCUGGGUGUCAAAAUGGAGCAACUUGUGUAAAUCUUCCCGGUAGUUUUAGCUGUACUUGUACACCCGGUUGGCAUGGAUUUCAUUGUUCCACACAAAAGUCAAUAUGUGAUCAGUCAAACAAUGUUGAGCUUUGUGGAAAUGGUAUAUGUGUUAGAACCAACUCACCUUUAGGAUACACUUGUAUUUGUAAACCGGGCUGGGAUCAUUUAGAUGAUCAUAACCCUUCUUGUCGUAAAGAUGUCGAUGAGUGCACAAUAUCUCGAUAUCCAUGCUCCAUCAAUCCUUUUGUUACAUGUCACAAUGUACCAGGUACAUUUUAUUGUGGAGUUUGUCCAUCAGGAUUCACAGGAGAUGGUUUUAAAUGCCAAGAUAUUGAUGAAUGUUCAUUGAAUAAUGGCGGAUGUAGUACUACACCUUUGGUUGAGUGCCUAAAUACAUUGGGAUCUAGAAAAUGUGGACCUUGUCCAAAUGGAUUUCGAGGCGAUGGGAUCACUUGCUUUUACGUGGGCUCGUGCGCCAUCAACAAUGGUGGUUGUCAUAGUUUGGCAACUUGUAAAGAAGGUCCUAAUUCAGAAACAUUCUGUUUGUGUUCAGAAGGAUAUCAAGGAAGUGGCAAAGGUCCACAAGGUUGUACACCAGUACAUAAUGCUUGUACUAAUAAUCCUUGCAUUCAUGGCACAUGCAGUUCGCAUGGAACUGAUAGCUUUAUAUGCAUUUGCAAUGAUGGAUAUACUGGUACAACGUGUAAUAUAUCAAUAAGUCCAUGUGUUCCAAAUCCUUGCCAAAAUAGUGGAGUGUGUCGUAUAACAAUUCGUGGAAAUAGAUUUUGCGAGUGCACCGCAAGUUUUGCAGGAUCUACGUGUUCAAUACCAAAGCCGUCAUGCGGUGGAUUUUUUAGAAGUUCGUUUGGAUAUAUUGAAUUUCCUAUUGAAAUAGGAAGUAAAUACGAUCAUGGUCUUAGCUGUGCUUGGGUUAUUUUAACGAAUCAUACAAUGGUUUUGAAUGUAACUUUUACAAGAUUUGCUUUGGAAGAUUCGCGCGGUAGUGAUGAAUGUAAACACGAUUACGUACAAAUUCACGAUGGUAGAUCAGCUGGAAAGCAUAUUUUAGGUAGAUACUGUGGCGAUAAAUUACCAAAUAAUGGUACAAUUAUUUCCACGCACAAUUCUCUUUAUAUUUGGUUUCAUUCUGACAGUACAAUAAAUAGUGAUGGUUUUGCUCUCAAUUGGACCACAAUUGAACCACUUUGUGGUGGUGAUAUAAAUCAAGAACAUGGAUCAAUAACAUCACCAGGAUUUCCUGGAAAAUACCCAAAUAAUAGAAAUUGUUAUUGGAAUAUUCAUGUAUCGGCAGGAAAAAGAAUUGCUUUACAUUUCACAAGCUUAAUGAUUGAGGAACAUGCUACUUGCCAAUUUGAUUAUGUAGAGAUAAAUGAAACGACGUAUAUUGGAGAACACCGAUUGGGAAUUUUCUGUAAUCACAGUAAACCUGAGCCUAUUACUACGUCAGGAUCCAAUGUUAUUGUUCAUUUUCAUUCGGAUAACUCAGGAGCAGACAGUGGUUUUCACCUAUCAUUUUUAAGCAUUCCAGGUGCUCCAGAUUGCGGUGGAAUUUAUACCAGCGAAAGUGGUGAAAUUACAUCACCAAAAUAUUCAGGAAAUUAUCGAUCGGGUAUGAUUUGUGAUUGGGAAAUACGUUUACCUGAAACCAGUAAUGUUCGUAUAAACUGGCUUAAUUUUGAUGUCGAAAGCUCACGUAAUUGUAUGUUCGAUUCAGUUCAGAUAUAUGAAGGAUUGGAUAUCAAUUCCCCAUUAAUAGGAAAAUAUUGUGGUUCUGUAUUACCACCUCCAGUAUCCAUAAAAUCAAAUAAAAUUUUAAUACGCUUUGAAAGUGAUGCAAAUCUUGAAGAACAAGGUUUUUCUAUGAAAUAUGAAGUUGAAUGUGGCGGUAUAUUUACCGAACCAUCUGGUGUACUUAAUUCUCCAUUUUAUCCUAAUUAUUAUCCUGCUUUAAAGGAUUACAUUGAAGUUGGAGGUAUUGUUAAUAAUCAUACAGAGUGUGAUUUUGAUCGACUUGAAAUUCGCGAUGGUGACAUGAAAAAUUCAACAUUAUUAUUAACACUAUGCGGAUCUUUGCAUAACAUACUAAGUAAUCCAAUAUAUUCUACACAAAAUUAUAUGUAUAUUGAAUUUUUUACGGACGCAAAUAUACAGAAUCGUGGAUUUAAAGCAAAUUAUACAACGAUUGAUAGCGAAUGUGGAGGCAUUUAUAAUAAUGCGCCAGGAACAAUAAAUGUGCCAGGAAAUAUAGGAAAAUGGCGUUUUAAUAUCGACUGUUUUUGGACGAUACAUGCUCCAUCGACUAAUGCAAUUCAAAUUACAUGGACAUCCUUCCCAAACCAACAUUCACGUAUGAAUGAAGACUGUAAAAGAAAUUAUAUUGAAUUAAUAGAAGAUUACAGAUCUACUAAUUCAAAAUCUUUGGGAAAAUACUGUCCUCUUAAAGCACCACCACUAAUUAUGACUACACAAGGAAAUGAUUUAACUUUACAUUAUCGCGCUGGACAUAUUUCUGAUAUUGAUUACCAAGCAACAUACGUUUUUAUUAAUAAUACUUAUAAUUGUGGAGGUCAUUAUUUUGCUGAAAUGGGAUAUAUAAGAUCACCAAAUUAUCCAAAGAAAUAUCCGAAAAAUAAAGAAUGUAUUUGGAUUAUUGAAGCACAAAAUAAAUAUUUAAUAUCACUUAAUUUUGGUAGUUUUGAUUUGGAAAACUCUACUAAAUGUUCAAAUGAUUAUUUAGAAAUAAGAAGCGGCUCUCAAGAUAAUUCUCCUUUACUAGGCAAGUUUUGUGGUAUAAAAGUUGAAAACGAAAUAACGAGUAUGACUAAUCAGAUUUAUAUAAAAUUUGUUACUGACUCAUCUUUGCAAAAUCAAGGAUUUGAGAUUCAGUGGCGUAGUACUAAAACUGGAUGUGGUGGAAAUUUACAUACUUCGUCUGGAGCUAUUAUAUCGCCAAACUACCCGCAAAAUUAUUACCAUCAAGCUAUUUGUACUUGGAAUAUUCGAAUUUCCGCUGGGAGCAUUAUCCGUAUAGCUUUUAUUGAUUUUGAUAUAGAAGAUCAUGUGAAAUGUUCAUUUGAUUACAUUGAAAUCUCUGAUAUUAUUAAUGGAUACAUGCAGAAUACCCAACGGUUUUGCGGCUCAAUCAUUCCACCUUUUUUUUUAUCAAAUAGUAAUCAAAUCAAAUUAGUAUUUCGUAGUGAUGUAUUAGCUAGUUCUCGUGGAUUUCAUUUAAGAUACACUACUGAAUGUAUCAACAAAGUUACUGGGUUUCAAGGAGUGAUUGAAUCACCCAAUUUUCCUCAAAGCUAUGAAAAUUUGAGUAACUGUUCAUGGAUAAUAUCAGUUCCUAUAGGAAAUAGAAUUAAUAUAACAUUUUCUCAUUUCAAUAUACAACCGGAUCUUGAUGAUAAGUGUGAUAAAAACUAUAUUAGAAUUCAAGAAGGCGAUAGAGAUAAACCUAAUACAGAAAUUUUAAAAAAAUGCGGUUCCGAAGAAGAUGUAUUACCUUUAAAAAUUUCUUCUAAGCAACGUCAAGUUUUUAUAACAUUUGUCUCAGAUAGAUUUCAAGUUGGUAGUGGUUUUCGGUUAGAAUGGAAUGUCAAUGGUUGUAGUGAACAUCUUACGAAAUUUUACGGUCAAUUUACAUCUCCUGGUUUUCCUAAUGGAGAUAAAUUGCCAUAUUCUAAUAUUAUUUGUGAAUGGCUAAUUGAAGUUGAUUUCGAAAAAAGUAUAGAAAUUACCUUCGCCACAAUAGAAACCACAAAAACUCGUGCUUGUCUCCCAGAUUCAGAUGGUUCAAUUGAAAUUUAUAAUGGACCAAAUAAAAAUGCACCACAAAUCGUCAAUAAUUUAUGUUAUUCUAAUACACCCGUUACGUUUACUAGCACUGGAAAUCAAAUGUUAAUUAAAUAUUCAUCAACAGUUGAAUACGCUAGUCAUGGAUUUAAAGCAAUAUAUCAUGCUGUUAAUAUAAAAUGUGGUGGUAAAUUUACUGGACAAACGGGAGUAAUUCAUUCAGUAAAUUAUCCAAAAAAUUAUCCUCACAAUCAAAAUUGUGAAUGGCUUAUAAUUGUUGAUGUUAAUCAUGCUGUAAAUGUAACUUUUGUUGAUUUAGAUCUAGAAAAAAGUAGAAAUUGUUCCGAUGAUUAUAUUAAGAUUUACGAUGGAAAUAAAGUAGAAGCUCCAUUAUUAGGAAAACACUGUCAAAGUGUUGAUUUAUUACCAUCUUAUAUUUCAAGUGGAAAUCAAAUGCUAAUUAUAAUGAGAACAGAUUCGUUUGUAUCAGCAAAAGGAUUUAAGGCUUAUUAUAAUCGUACAUGCGGAGCUCGGAUAAUUGUAGAUAGCGACGGAUUUAUUCGUUCAUCUCGUACUUUACAUACAACUUUUUUAAAUUGCAGUUGGAUUCUUACAGCUAAAGAUCCGAGCAAUAAGAUUGUAUUGACGUUUAAUCAUAUAGAUCUGUUAGUGUCCGAUUGUUCUUCAAAUCAUAUUGAGAUUUAUGAAGGUGAAGGUAUUGAAGGACCCCUUUUAGGACAAAUAUGUAGUAACAAAAUUCCAAGCCCUUAUUUUAGUUCUGGUAAUGCACUUACAAUACAUCUGAUAUUUGGCUCUGGCGAUAUUAUUGGAGAUAAUUUUGAAGCCACAUAUUCAACAUUUACUUCUGCUUGCGGAGGAAAAUACACGGCUGAAAGUGGUAUUAUUGUUUCUCCAAAUUAUCCAUUAAGUUAUCCAAAUAAAGCGGAUUGCAUAUGGAUUAUUAGUAAUUCACCUGGAAAUAAAGUUUCUCUGAUUUUUGAAAACUUUGAAUUAAUAAACAGUGAUAACUGCGACAUGGAUUAUUUAGAGAUUCGAGAUAAUAAUGGAAUUGGAAAGCUACAAGGUGUUUUUUGUGGAAAUAAUUUCGAGAGUAUAACCUCUUCACAAUCUUUAUGGAUAAGAUUUAAAACUUCAGCAAAUACAAUAGGUAAUCCUAAAGGAUUUAAAUCAGAAUACCAUUUACUUUUCGGAGAUGAACUUACGGGUGACUAUGGUGAAAUCGCAUCGCCCAUGUACCCAUUACCUUAUCGAAAAAGUGAAACAUUUUCAUGGCGAAUAACAGUUGAUUUUAAUUAUAUUAUAAGAAUUCAAUUUUUAGAUUUUAAUUUCUACAGUAUUGACUUUUAUGAUGGAUUCAAUGAUGAUGCUCCACAAAUAAUGGAACUAUGUGGUAUUUCAACACCUAGCGAACCACUAACAUCAUCAGGCAAUAUUAUUUUUAUUAAAAUGGAAAAUUCUUUUGAUCAUGUAGGAAAUUGGUUUCAUUUAAAGUGGUUAAAGAUUCCUCGGCUAAUAAGUAACGAAAACUUAGAAGAAAUUAUUAAUUCAAAAAAUAGCAAAUUGAUUCUUUUAACGGAGCACAAUGGAACGUACACAUUUAAUUCACCCGGAUAUCCAAAUGGUUACGAGGACAAUAUUCAAUAUUCUUGGACCUUUGUAUCGCCUGUUGGAACUCAUCUAGUCUUGAAAUUUCUAACAAUAGAUCUUGAAGAAUCUGAAGAUUGCAUUACAGAUUAUGUAGCUAUUUAUAAAGGAUAUUCAACGUCUUUCGAAUCUAAUGAAAAUUUAUUAAAAAAAGUUUGUUUAUCAAAUUCAACAAUGAGUAAUUUUCCAAGUACAAAUGUGAUGACAGUGCAAUUUAUUACAGACGCCUAUCGUAACGAAUCCGGAUUUUCUGCCGUAGUUGUAGCAGAAUGUGGUGGAACAAUAGAAGAAUCUAAUGGUUUUAUUCAAGUUAGUGAAAUUACAAAAUUUGUAAUGCCACGUCUUUAUACAUAUACUUGUGAGUGGAUUGUAAAAGUAAGAUCUGGGCGAAGAAUUAACGUAAAAAUCGUAGAAAAUCAUAUUGAAAAUAGUCGACCAAAAACAAAGGAUAAUUCAUGUACAUCGAACUAUCUUAUGUUAAAAAAUGGAGAAUCAUCGAGUUCACCGUUAUUAGGAAUAGGAAAAUACUGUAAUGGUAUUAAACCGCCUAUUCAAAAUACAAGCAGUAAUUAUCUUUACGUUAAACUAGUAGUAUCCUUGCCAGCUGUUAAUUUUAAGUUAGCAUUUAGAGAAUUAGGUCAUGACUGUGGUGGUAGAUUUGAAUUAUCAGCAAUGACUGCAUCUCAACAAGAAAUAACAUCACCAAAUUAUCCUAAUAUCCCUACACCUCAUACUGAAUGCUUUUGGACAUUUAUGAAUACAAACGAAAAUCGUUUGACUAUAAAUUUCUUAGAUCGGUUUGAUCUUGCAUUCAGCGAAAACUGUGAACAGGAGUACAUAGAAAUAAGAGAUGGCGGCACUGAUACAUCCCCUUUGUUAGGAAGAUAUUGUAAAAAUACACCUCCUAGUAGUUUAUCAACUAAAGGAAACAUAAUGUAUAUACACUAUUUUACGGAUCUGAUGGAGCCACGAAAUGGUUUUAAAGCUCUAGUAACAAGUGGUGAUAUUUGUGGAGGAAUCGAAAGAGAAACUCGAGGUGGGAUCAUUACUUCGCCUAAUUAUCCAAACAGUUAUACUACUAAAUCCUAUUUUUGCAGUUGGUGGAUUAUCGCACCAUCCUCAAAUCGCGGCAUUAAACUUCAAUUUCAAGAUCUCAAACUUCCUUUUCAACGUAAUUGUACAAAUACUGAUCAUGUUGUAAUAUAUGAAAAAAUACCCGGAAAUUUUAAUAGUACAGAAAUUGGCACGUAUUGUGGUAAAAGGAUACCGGGAGUAAUUGAAGUAUUAACUAACGAAGCAAUGGUAGUUUUUAAAAGUUCGUUGACUAAUAUAAAACAGACUAUUGCUACCGGGUUUCGACUUAAUUAUACAUUUAAUCAUAAUCGUUGUGGAAGCAUUUUAAAUGGUAUGAGUGGAAACUUUCAAACUGACGGUUAUCCUCGUUCAACGUCAUACAAGUUUUGUAACUGGAAAAUAUCGGUUCAGGAAGGAUUUCAAAUCAUAGUUGACAUUAUAGAUCUGGAUCUUGGAGAAGACAGAUAUGUUAUGGAUAGUCGGGUUUCGUUUUAUCACGAUCCCGAUUCAAUCGCAUUGAUCAAACUGUUGCGGAAUUCGACACAAUCAAUGAGGAUUGCCAGCUCAUCUAAUUUUAUGAGUAUAUAUUUUAUAUCAACGGGCAGUUCCAGAGGAAUGAAAGCUAAAUAUUUUACAUCUGAACCAGCUCCCUGUGGUCAAAAACUAAAUAAUUGGGAAGGUACGCUCACAAGUCCACGUCUUGCGAUAUUUAAUGAAAGUGCAUUUUAUUGUAAAUGGAUUAUACAGCAACCUGAAACAUUUGAAUCGAUACAAAAAAUUGAUUUGACAUUAGCUAUCACAAUUUCGGGUACUAUAAACAAAGGAAAAGGAUCGGUAUCUUGUUGGAACUAUCUCGGUUAUAUUUUCAUAAAAGGAGAUGAACCGGUGGCAAAAAUUUGUGGGAAUUUUACAAAAAAUUCCAUUACAAUAGCAAGUCCAUUUAGAUCAUAUUCUAUUGAGGCUGUAAAUGCCACUCAUAUGGCAAAAGUAAAUUUUAUAAUGAAGUAUAAAUGGUAUCAAUGUGGUGGUAUUCUGAAUGGACCUUCUCACAUAAUUCAAGCACCUAUAAAUAUGUCCCAUCCAGUUUACUGUGCAUGGAAAAUUAAAUAUCCAAAUAUUGAUGACUCGAUAUUAAUAAAUUUUACCAAAAUGAACCUUAGUUCGUGUGAUAAAUCUUACAUACAGAUUAAAGGUAGAACUUAUCGUUCGCCACAUUUAGGAAAAUUUUGUGGUAAUGAAAUACCCCAGAAUAUUGUCAGCCCGGCAAAUGAAUUUAUGAUGGAAUAUUAUUCUAAUGAAAAUUUUGCAAACUUUGAAAUUCAUUUGGAACCAGCUAAAUACGCUUGCGGAGGAAUAAUAAAAGGAAAAGAAACAGAAAUAAUGUCUCCUGGAUUUCCGCAAGGCUAUUCAAACAAUACCGAAUGCAUCUGGGAAAUAGUAGCAAAUGUUGGAUAUCAUAUAGGAAUUAAAUUUAUUGAAAGAUUUAAUCUCGAAACAAGUACGAAUUGUAAAAAUGAUUUUAUUGAUGAAUGGUCCGAAGAGCUUCAAAAUAAAACUAAUCAUUGGAAAAACUUAGGAAGAAUUUGUGGACGCUCUCCACCAGAAAAGCCGUUCAAUACUUCAACGAAUAAAAUGAAGAUUAAAUUUGUUUCUAAUGAUAGAAUCGAAGGUGAAGGAUUUAAAGCUGUUUGGUAUCAAAACUGUGGAGGAGUUUAUGAGGCAACGCAGAUAUUGAAGUACAUUCAAUCACCAAAUUUCCUGUAUUCGCUUUAUCCAUCGAAUAUAAUAUGUAACUACACCCUUAUAGCUCCAAAUGAUCAAGAAAUAAUUGUUGACUUUACGGAUUUUUAUCUAGAAGGAAACAGUAUUACAUGUCCGUAUGAUAAUUUAACGAUUUUUUUCUAUACCGGAGAUUGGAUGCGCAAUCAAAAUACUUGGUGUGGUAAUAAUUCCCCAGGCAAGAAAAUGUCAAAAGGAAGAAUGGAGAUAAUAUUCAGAACAGAUAAUUCAAUAAAUCGUUUAGGGUUUAAAUUUAAAUAUUCAGUAAAUGAUUGCGGAGGUCUUAUAACUAAUCCAAGAAUAAUAAAUCCUCACAUGGUCAACGAUCCAGGAUCAUAUGAAUAUAUGAACUGUAUUUGGGUUAUAAAAGCUCCUCCGAUAAAGAGCAUACUUUUACGCUUUGAGAAACUGAAAAUUUUACAGCCUUUGGGAAGUUGCAUCUCUAGUUUUGUACGUAUAUACGAAGGAAAUUCUACGCAAAAUAAUAAAUUAAAGGCAACAUUUUGUGGAGAUAUGAGUAAAAAUUUACCAGUUUUACAAUCAGAUGGAAAUAUUAUGACUAUUUUUUUUCAUACCAGCUCAUACGGUGAAAAUGAUCAUUUUUUGAAAGCUGCAAUUUUAUUCGUAAAUGGUCCUGAAGAAGGUUGUGGUGGAAAUAUAAAUGUCAGUAGUGUAACCCAAUUUAGAACUCAAUUAUCUAAUACUUAUGAUCCUUUUCAAGAUUGUCAAUGGUUAAUUUUUUCACCACAAGGUUAUAAUAUUCAAUUUACAAUUAAUCAAUUAGAUUUAAAGAAUUCCAAAUUUAAUGAAACUCAAGAAAAUCAGAUUACUUGUAAUAGUGAUUAUAUGGAGGUUCGAGAUGGUGGACCAUAUGCAGAGUUGAUCGGAAUAUAUUGUGGAAAUAAAGCUCCACCGCCAAUAUUAACAUCUUCUAAUUUAUUAUGGAUUAGAUUUGUUUCUGAUGGUAUUAAUCAAGGACAAGGAGUUAAAGGAUUAUUUCAAAUUAUUACGUCUCCUUGUGGAAUAUCAGAUUUAUCUCUUGGCAAUGAUACUCGAAUUCUUACAUCUCCUAAUUAUCCAGAUGAUUACACAUCGGAUAUAAUUUGUAGAUGGGUAAUACGUGCAAGCAGCGGAAGAUUCAAAAGAAUAAGGAUUGUUUUUAAAGAUUUUUAUUUAAAAGAUUCAAAGUUAUGUGAAAAAGAAUAUUUACAAAUAGCUGAUAUGGAUAAUCGAGAAAUAAUAAGUGAAGGUUUUGGAGAACAAUUGAUUAUUGGAGGAACAAAAACGCAUCAUCAUAAUAUUAUUGUUGCCAGUCGAAAUCCUCAAUCUUACUACAAAUAUUGCGGUUCAAAUAUACCUCAUGAUUAUUACAGUAAUUAUAGAGAUGUAGAAAUAACUUACAAAGCAUUGUUUGAAAAAGGAAAAAGGCAACGAUUCAAAUUUGAAUAUGGUAGAGCUUCUUGUUCACAUAACUACACAGAACUUCAAGGUAGAAUUAUUCAUGAAGAUAUUACCGAUUGCUGGGUUACAAUUCAAGUUCCUGUCAAUUAUACUAUCAACUUAUAUUUUAAUCAUUUCUUUCUACCUGGUACUCCUGAUUGCUCUGAAGGAAACAUGCAGAUACGAGAAGGAUUAUUCAAUGGGCAUAUAAUUCAAACUAUAUGUAAUUACGAAACUCCUAAUCCAGUAUUUAGUCAAUCAAAUCGUAUUAGCUUUCAUGCAUUUUCUAAUAAAGAAAUGAAUUAUCGCAACAAUGUAUAUGAUAUAACAUAUACAUCAACAAAGAAUGGUAGAGGAUGCGGUGGAAAAAUAUAUAAUUAUGGUGGCGUAUUUACAUCACCACUUUAUCCAAGUCCUUAUCGAAAUAAAUCUAGUUGUAAAUGGGAUAUCAAUGUACCACGAGGAAUGAAAGUUUUACUCCAUUUUGAUAUUUUUGAUAUUGGAACACAUGCAAUGUGCUUUACAGACUAUUUGACUUUGUCAGAAAUUCGGUCAAAUGAAGAAGAAGUAAUCACUACUUAUUGUGGAGGAGAUAUACCGGCUGAUUUUACUUCGCAAAGUGAUCAAGUAUUCAUUACCUAU